AUGGAGUUGCGUUUCAUCAGAACAACGCCAGGCCACACACGUACGGGACUCGUAAGAAGCUGUGAGAUUCUUACGCGUCCGCUAUAUAAUCCGGACCUGGCACGAAGUAAUUUCUAUCUGUUCCUGGCUAUGGCGUUAGAUUUUGUUGGUGCAAAAUUCACCGCAAGGGAAGCUUGUACACCAAUCUCCGACGAUAAGCCCUUUCCUUUGGUCGUACGCGUGCUUAACUGUGAGAUACCUCUCUGCGAUGUUAUUAAGGGCACUGUAAUGAUAUUCGAAAUCGAUUUUUUCGUGAUGAAAUAUGUAACGAAAUUGACCACUUUAUUGAAGGCUACCACCUUGGGCAUAACAGUACCGUAUGAAUUGCCCAAUGAUGUACGUGAUGUCUGUUCGAAUCUUUUGCACGAAGACUACACUCUUCCACUUUACACUACCGAAGACAUGACGUAUCUCUUCUCAUUCUGCAUUGGUAAUUAUCUCGAGAUCAGUGUUAAAGUGGAAUAAUAUUAAAGUGAAAAAGGCGUCCAGGAGUAAUACUACAGUAUUUGAAAUAAACUGUUAAGUACUUGAAUAUGACUUACGCUUUAUAUGUGAAAUGAAAUGAAUAACUUGAAAUGUGUGCAUUUUAAAAUAUAUCAAACACUUAAAAGAUGUGAAUUAGACAAAAUACAACU